CGUAUUUCCAGUAGUUGAUAGCAUUAUUAAACAUAUCAUUUAUGAGCGCCACCAUCAUCAACAUAAAGAAUAUCUUGAUAAAAAAAAGGGUUCGCAGUGGGUUGAUACAAAAGCAAAAAAAAAACAUGCCAUUACUAGGCGUAAUGAAAAAAGAGAACGCAGGAUGAAAAAAAUCAAAAAAUUAAUAAUGCUUAAAGACCCAAUUAUAAGAAGGCUUCGAUCUCAUGAGAUCGAGCUAAUAAUGAAAGAUAACAGAUAUCACAGCCCAGAAUUAUCAGAAACAGAUCCUGAUGAAUCUAAAAAGCGAAUGGUUGUAAUUCAGGAUCUUCUGUGGCGCUCCUCUAUU